AUGGAAAUCAACAAACAAAAGCAAGAAAUAUCGCAAGUCUUGGUCAAUGUUAUAGAAAAUAAAAACGAGAUGGAUUUUUUGAGAGAUCAUGGAUCUAAGAAUCAGCUCUUUAUAUUCGUUCGCCAACAAGUAACAAAUAUUCAUAGCGCCGAGGCCAAGAUUCAGCAGAUAGUAUCCGAUUCACAAGAAUUCAAUAUAACCUUUGACGAAAAGAAAUAUGGUAAGCUUGAGUCUUUCGGGUCACUGUCAGAGUAUGUCCAACCAUGUCAAGUUCAAUACAAACCAAAGAAAUUUCAACAAGCCCAGAUAAAGGCAGAACCAAUGAAAAAUAUUCUAGGGUUUAAGAAGGAUACAGUAUUAAAAUUUAAUACUGAUGUGGUAAAAAGUAUUUUGAGUGUAUCAGUGACAGAUAAUAAUAAGCUCCUCAUUACUAAUACAGCAUCAUCCGAUACCAAACUGUAUGUUUACAGAGACUGUAAAGAUUAUGAGACAGAGAUAGAAUUUUCCUCCGCACCUUGUUGUGUUGCUGUGAUACCUGGUACGGACAGAGCUGUUAUUACCCUACCUAACGAGAAUUCUAUACAAUUCAUCAAUACGACAAAGAUGACAAAGGACAACACAGUUAACGUCGGAUUUACAUGUUAUGGUAUUACUGCUGGACGUGACAGAAUUUACGUUGGUGGUACAGGUGGUACUAUCAAAACCUUAGACAUCAAUGGGACAGUUCUAAAAACGAUUCAACAAGGAUCUAAUAAUAUUUUCGUCAUAGCAUACGAUGAUAUUCAUGAUCAUUUGAUUGUUAGAUGUCAUGACAAACUCCUUUGUAUCAAAGUAGAUGGAACACAAGUAUAUAGCAAGGACGUCUCAGGUUUAGCAGGAGUAACACGCGACAGGCGUGGUAACAUUUACUACGGUUGUUACUAUGCCAACAACAUACAGAGAAUAUCAUCAGAUGGGGAAAACUGUGAAGAAAUGCUGAACAAAGACAAUGGCAUUUACCGUUCGUAUGGAAUGUGUUUUAAUAACGACUUCACGAAACUGUUUGUAAUUAAUAACGAUGGUAAGUCUGUUCGUGUAUACAAAUGCAAGUAA